GCAGUCUGUACCUUCUUCACCUUUCCUCCUCUGUCAAAGAGAGGAGACGUCAGAAGUGUCAAUGUCAGCAUCAGCUGCAAAUUCAAUUGUCCAUCGCUGGCUGUAGCUCCUUAGCUUCUUGCGUCCAGUUCAGCUACCGUCACUCAUCCGUCACCGGGCCUGCCGCUUGCCGUUCCUGAGCUAUCUCACUUGUACCAAGUAUUCCGUCGCAUAAUCGUCGCUGCGCUGCGCCAGUGUCUCUCCCGUGUCUCCCUGCGAGCGCCCACCCCAAUCAUUCGACCGACCCCUCUCGAAUUGCAGCCUCCCGUCCAUCCCUGGGAAGCUAAGAAGAGGCGUCAAACUGCAGAUUGAAGAAAAAGGAGACUACCCCGACGAACCUCCUACAAAGUCCCGAUCGACUAUCGCUCCAUCAGCAACAUCCCUGACGCCCAUCUACAAUCAACGAACGUCAUCCGUCCACCAUAAUAUAUCCCUAGAGCAAUUGCGCACCAUGGCAUCGCACAGCGACUACAACGACAUCAAGGCCUCGGCCAAGGAGAACGCCGCUGGCGUCUAUGCCUACAGCCAGCGACAGAUCAAUCGGGUCGUCAGCUCCGACACCAGACAAAGAGCGUACGGCAAUGCCUACAGCUUUGCCCAGGAGCAGCCAUUCCUCUUCGCCUUCAUCCUCUGCCAGUUCAUCUUCUCCUUCCUCCCAAUCCUCGUCUUCGUGUCCUUCUCCGCCUCGACAAUCGCCUUCGCUCUCGGUGCCGCUGUCGUCUUCUCCCUCUUCUGGAUCGGCAUCGCCCUCCUCGUCCUCGUCCCGAUCCUUUUCUUUACCUGCUCCAUUGGUGUCCUCGUGUGGAUCUGGGCUGCCGGCAGCUUCGUCGUCGCGAAGCGGUUAUAUGAAAUGUCGCCGAUCCGGGCCAGGGGUGAUCUCGAGGUAGAUGCUCCCAACGGGAAGACGUAUGCAGUCACCAAGCGCGAGGACGGCAUCCAUACACACGCCCACAACUAAACUAGGGCAAUUUUGUAAACCAUAUAUGUACUAGGUAUCAUCAUACUGUGAUGAGUAACGGCCGCUUUGGCGUUGGGAAAGGUAUGGAUAUCAGGAAUGGGUCUGGGAAAAUGGGGUCUUUCAAAACGGAUGGGCACACUUCCCAUAGGAUUGCUAUUCAAUAUUUACACUUCUUCGCUCAUCGAAGCAGUACAUCGUGGCCA